AUGUUGCCGGGCAGCACUUUCACUGUGGUCCGUACUUGCGAGCUCCUCAUCACUCUAGUCAGUUCGAUCGUACUGUUGGGGAAGGUCUUCAAUCGUUUCCAUUACGUCGCCGUAGCGGCGAUGCUCAUUGGGGGUGCUAUUGACUCCUUCGCUACGCAGCAUGAUGAUAAGGUGUCAAAGCAGGAUGUCCAGGUCGUGGCUGGAGUGCUUAUUACUUUUUUCGGCGUGGCGCUGGCGAGCUCGUCCCAAGCAGUUCUGGUCGAGUGGCUGUAUCAACACAACAUCAUGGUUAAGAAGCGAUAUGAUCACUUAAUGGAAAUCUCCCUAUACACCACGUUCUACACAUGUGUCGCUCUGAUGCUCGGAACGUUCCUGUUCUCUGGAGAUGAACCUCAUUACUGGUACCAGGCUCUCAGUGAUGCCAUUCGAGCUGCUCCGUUUACUACUUGGUUGUGUCUUAUCGGCUUGACUAUGUCUCGUGCAGUGGCCAUGACAUCGAAGGUUGGUGUCACGGUCCACUCGGACGCUAUGUUCAACAGAUCUCUCACUACAGUGAGAAGAGUCUGUCAGAUCAGCUUUAUGGCGAUCAUUUUUCAUGAACAUCUGUGUGCCUUGGCUGUGUUCGGUAUCGUCUUGAGUGUUGCAGCCAGCAGUCUCUAUGCGUUUGCUGCAAACCUCGGUGCUCGCAGGAGCGCACGCCUCGCUGCCAAGGAAGGCGCGACGGCACCACUUUUACAGGAGAACCACGUCCUGGGAAAAACCGCUUGA